ACUUAAGUUAUCAAUGCAACACCACAAUGCCUCCUACUUCUGUGUACUUUACAGUUUCUCUAUAUAUUCUGUCUAACUCAGUGCUACACUUAUCAAACCAAACCUCUUUUUCUGUCUUUCUCUGACUUGACAAACUCUUUGCAUCCGGAAAUCAGACCUCACUUUGUGGAUCCUGUCGGAGAUCACAAGGUCAAGACAUUUGCGGUGAAAUGUCAUGAGGAAAGCAUUGAGGUUGUGAUGAAAGCUUAUAUGUUUGACCCCGGCCUGAAUGUGGAGCCCACGCACUUUCUGGCUUGGACCUUUCAGUGCUGCGCACGAUCACUGCAGAGCCAAAGCUUCUGGAAAUGGGGAUUACAUCAUGAGAGCAGCUCUGACUGAGUGUGGAGUUCACCCAGAGUGCUUUGCUGUACAACAACCUCCUGCUGUACUCUCCUCCAACAUCACCUGGACACAUGUUUGUUAUUUGGCAUACCUAAUUCAGAGAAACUAACUUUAAAUGAAGUAUUCAGAUCCUUUACUUGCGUAAAAGAAAUCAUCUCACCAAGCAUCACGCGGCCGGUCGCUCUCCUCACUCCACGCCGUGCAGUUUUCAGGUGCUGCAGGCUGCACCAUGAUGACACCAGGAGGAAAUCAUCUCACCAAGCAUCACGUGGCCGGUCGCUCUCCUCACUCCACGCCGUGCAGUUUUCAGGUGCUGCAGGCUGCACCAUGAUGACACCAGGAGGAAAUAAUCUCACCAAGCAUCACGUGGCCGGUCGCUCUCCUCACUCCACGCCGUGCAGUUUUCAGGUGCUGCAGGCUGCACCAUGAUGACACCAGGAGACUCGCAGCUGGACGGCUCAAGCUCCCGUUUCCUGCCCAGAGUCCAGGACCUUUCCUCUUCCACCAGGACACACCGUCAGCACUGGUUUCACAUGUUUCAAAUCUAUAUCUCUCCAGUAGGAAUACAAAUGCCUCAGCAUGUGUCAGUGUCUCCUGUAGAUGUACAUUACAUGUAUCCUGGAAGCAGAGCCCAUUUCAAACAAGGAUCCGGUGAAACAGUGGGAGUGGAUGGUGAUGAGCGUGUCUGUGAGAGCUGCAGUGGUGCCAAGUCCAACCACAAGAGGGCGCUGAGGAGCAGCACACAGCACAGGCAAACUGAACCCGGUGUGUUGCCCCCUCCCGGUAGGUCUGUCUUCUGCUCUUCUCCUGCAGACGCGCUGGAGCUGGAUGUCCGGACACUUGCUGCUUGCGCUUCUCUUCUUAAUGACCCGGAGAAGUGAGGAGAAGGAGAAUCACUGGGACGCACAUGGCUCGAUGACAUGAUGUUCCUGCCCUUUUCCCCUCCCCCUUCCACCUCUCUCUUCCCUGUUUUCCUUCUGCUCCUCCUUUUCCUUCCUCCGUCCCUUGUCUCCUCUUCCCUUUCCCACACCCCAUUGAGCUGGACUUCGCCUCAUGACCCUUGCUACUACCUCGACGGUCGCUCGCGACACUGCCUGUCGGAGUUCAUCAAUGCCGCCUAUGGCGUCCCAGCCAAUGCUAGCCACUCGCUACAAGGGCCUGAUUAUGACAGCAACAUCACCACCUUGACGGACCUUCACAACCCCCACAACCUAACCUGCUGGAUGGCUCAUGGAGGUCCUGACACCGGAGAAUGGGCCAUCACAUUACCUCUGGGCCGUCGCUUUGAGAUCACCUACAUAAGUUUGCAGUUUUGCCAACAGGGGGAGCCGUCGGACCCAAUCUCCAUCUCCAUCCUCAAGUCGAUGGACCAUGGGCGCACCUGGAGGCCGAUGCAGCACUACGCCAGCGACUGCCUUGGGAACUUUGGGUUGCCCUCCCAGACAAUAGCCCAGACAAGGCACCAAGAGACAGAGCCCCUCUGCUCAGACCCUCGCCCCCUGCAAAAGCAGAGGGGCGGCAUGGUGUUGGCCUUCUCUACGCUGGACGGUCGGCCAUCCUCUCCUGAUUUUGACUACAGCCACACCCUCCAGGACUGGGUGACGGCCACGGACAUCCGUGUGGUCUUCCACCAGGUGUCCAAAGACACCAAUGUGGGCAACUCAGACAAGAAAGAAGUAGUGCGAUGGCGUGAUGGUGCAGAAGAUGACAGAGGGACUGGGCUUCUGAGGUGGAGAUUGGGCUACAAGGGGCUCACUGGAGAUCAAGUUGACAACACACUGGGAUUUUUUGACAGAGAGAUUAGAGGAAGGAACACAGAUGGAAGGAAGGGUCAUUAUAAAGGGUCAGGUCAAGACGAAGAUGGACACAAUGUGACCAGCAAAGAAGGCGAGGAUAGUUUUAGCGCGGACACACUCGCUUCUUCAAAGAAAGGCGGGAAAACCAGAGGGCAUGGCCGCAAGAAGGAUAAAACUCCUUGGCUGCCUUGCCCCAAGGGAGGUUGUAAUUGGACAGUUGAGGGGCGGAACAGGAACAACAAGGGGAGGGAACUGAGGAAGAGGAGGAACAAUAAUCCCAAUGCAAAACAGAGCUCCAGGAAUCUGCAGUCGGCCCCACCCUCUUCUGUUCGAGCUCCUCUUGCCCUCUCGGACCUACAAGUUGGCGGCAGGUGUAAAUGUAACGGACAUGCUUCCAGGUGUCGCCGUGAUGACAAAGGCCAGGCAGUGUGUGUGUGCGAGCAUCACACGGCAGGGCCAGACUGUGAUGUGUGUGAGGAUUUCUACUGCGACAGACCGUGGCACCGAGCUACACCCACACACCCAAACCCCUGUGUUUCCUGUGAGUGUAACGGCCACUCAAACAAGUGUCGCUUCAGCAUGGAGGUUUUUCAGCAGUCGGGCCGCCGCAGUGGAGGUGUGUGUCAGAAGUGUCGCCACCAUACAGCCGGACGCCACUGCCAGUACUGCCAGAACGGAUACACCCGCGACAACAGCAUGCCGCUGAACCACCGCAAGGCCUGCCAACCAUGUCAGUGCCAUCCUUUGGGAGCAGUAGGUCGCUGGUGCAACCAGACAUCAGGUCAAUGUCUGUGUCGUGAAGGGGUGACCGGCCUCAGGUGCAACCGCUGUGCCCCGGGGUAUAAACAGGGCAAGUCCCCUCUGCGUCCCUGCAUACGAAUUCAAGAGGUUGCUCCGACCCCAGUGUACCAACCUCAGUACAGCAUAGCGGAGGAGUGUGUUUCAUACUGCCAGCCUUCUCAGGUUAAAGUCAGGAUGAACUUGGAAACCUAUUGUCUCAAGGACUUCGUGCUGAAGGUGCAGGUGAGAGGAAUGGAGCGUUCAGGUCCUUGGUGGCAGUUCUCCAUCUCAGUCCAAACCGUCUUCCGCACGGGGUCCACCUCCCGCGUUCGCAGGGGCUUGCAGUCCCUCUGGGUCCCAGACCGCGACCUCGGCUGUGGCUGCCCCGCCCUAAACGUGGGCCGGACCUUCCUCCUGAUCGGUGCAGAGGAGGGGGAGCGGGGCUGGGGCCCCGAGGAGAGUCGCCUGGUGGCGGACCGCUCCACUCUGGCCCUCCAGUGGCGGGAACACUGGAGCCCCAAACUGAGGGGCUUCCGGGGACAGGACAAGAGGGGCCGCUGCCCACCGAAAUCCCCCCACGACCACCAGACACAGCACGACAGGGAGCAAACAAAGCCCCAGUCUGGGUACAUCCCCCCUCACCUGCUGACUGAGAAACACACCGAGCCUCACAGUGUGGACACACAAGUGGAGGACACUGAAACCUCUGUGGCGCCGCACACACACUCUUACACAGACAAAGAGAUUACACCCACAGACGAGACCCCCUCGCCAACCACACCCGCUCCGGUGUGCUCUACUCAAGGUCAUGGUUGAAAAACAAAAACAAAAUCACUAAGAGACAUAAAAAUACAGAAGGUUUUUUUAUCCCCCCACCUCUCGGGAGAUGAAAGAGGCCUUCUCUUCCCCUGAAGGUUUCAGGAGGGACAGGCGUGACUUUGCUUCCUCAGCCUGGAGAAACUCUGCAACACCCAAACACACACAGACCUGUCAUGUGACCAGAUCAUGUGACGUUCAAAUGCUUUUGGAGGGAAAAAGUCAACUUUCAGCAACAAAGCUCGCCGAUGAUCAAAAUAUGCACAUUUCCGACCAACACAUUGGUGCCAUGGGAAAUAUUAGUUGUAAGAAUAUUCAUAUUUUCUACUAAAGAAACGUUUGAAGAUUAAAGUCUGACUAAACUAAACUAAAAUGCCAUGCAGUAUUUCUGUCUUAUAAAGAUUUUUUUUAAGAUU